AUGGCGACCAACGAGGUAAACGGGCACAAAACGAACGGCGUCAACGAGACUGCCACCAAACAUGAUUUCUCCAGCCUGAAAGUCAACCAGUCCCGACUGUUGGACGCGAUCCAUACUGGGUGCAAGUUUGGAGCAGACCAUAGAUAUGGAGACGAUCCUACAGAAACUGGAAUGGCGAGGCUGAGUCUGAAUGAUGCUGACAAGCAGAUUCGCGACUGGUUCACUGCCACGGCCGAGUCUCUCGGUUGCAAGGUAACGUUUGAUCAGAUGGGCAAUCAAUUCGCGAUUCGAGCGGGUAAGAACAAGACGGCCCCUCCCAUCAUGAUGGGAUCACACUUAGACACCCAGCCGACGGGUGGGAGGUACGACGGCAUUCUGGGCGUGAAUUCUGGACUUGAAGUUCUCAAAGUGCUGCACGAGAACAAUUUCGAGACGGAAGGGAGCGUCGGUGUUGUCAAUUGGACAAACGAGGAAGGCGCAAGGUUCCCAAUGAUGGCUGUCUCGUCUGGAGUGUGGGCGGAAGCAGUGCCUUUAGAAACUGCCUGGAACCUUGCUGAAGUGUCCCCUAGAGAAGAUGGCCAACGUAGAACGAUGAAGCAGGAACUGGAGAGAAUCGGCUAUCUCGGUACUCAGCCUGCAUCAUACAAGGCUUUUCCGAUGGCCGCCCAUUUUGAGGUUCAUAUUGAGCAAGGCCCAAUUUUGGAGGCAGAAAAGAGACGGGUCGGAAUUGUCAAAGGCGUACAAGCUUUCAAAUGGUUUGAAAUCACCGUCAAGGGCCGUGACACUCAUGCUGGGACAACACCAUUUUCAGCACGUAUGGACUCUAUGCUUUGUGCGGCCAAAUUGAUCGUUGAAUCCAACAAGGUUGCGAAGAAGCUGGGCGGUUUGGCUACCACUGGCAUUCUGACAGGGCUGCCCGGAUCCAUCAACACUAUGGCGCACACUGUGACAUUCACACUCGACAUACGACACACCGAAGACGAAAAACUCGCCGAGGUAGAGAAGGAAUGCCGCGCCGAAUUUGCCCGUAUAUCACGGGAAGAGAGUGAGAAAGGGUGUCAAGUUGAGUGGCAGGAGUUGGUGGACAGCCCGGCGGUCAUCUUCCACCCAGACUGCAUCGCCGCCGUAGAGGCCAGUGCAAAAGAGAUCUGUCAAGAGCUGCCGAUGACGGCAGAUGAUGGCCAACUCUGGAAGUACAUGAUUAGUGGAGCCGGCCAUGACAGCUGCUAUACCAAUCGUCGGUGCCCGACGAGUAUGAUAUUCACAUCAACUCGUGAGGGAAUCAGCCACAAUCCCCAAGAGUAUUGCAGCCCUGAAGACUGUGCCAUUGGUGCCCAAGUCUUGCUUGGUGCUGUGCUUCGAUACGACAGAUCAAGAGUUGAACAAGGGGACUUGAAGUAG